ACGGCAAGCUCCAAAACCCUCACGUACAGCUGAGAUGUGUUAUCUGCCCUUCAAGUUGAGAAUCCCUGGUUAAAGGGUGGUCCUCGCCACCACCACCAGGCCCUGCCACCUUCUCCAGUUGUUCCCAGGUACCCCUGCAACAUUGGCAGCCUGCGAAAGCUCUAGGAUGCUGGGGCCAGCCAGGCUCGGGCUGCCCACCUGAUCCUCGCCGCCCGCGUCCCGCCGGCACACCAUGUUGCGCUCCUGGCGCGUGAAGCUGAAGCUGCUGCUCGCCACGGUGACCCUGGCCGUCCUCCUCUCCUGGCUCUACCUCUUCGUGGGCAGCCUCGAAUACGGCCGCUUCCUCCUCCUGCCGCCCUGCCUGGGCGAGCAGCCGAGCCGGGACGUGGAGCGGGAAGCGCUGGCUUCGCGGGUGCGCAGGGUGGAGGAGGAGAACCAGCAGCUUCGCCUGCAGCUCAGCCAGGUGCAGGCGGAAGGCAGUGACGGCAACCCGCAGUGGGGGACCUCCGCCGAGGAUGGGGAACCCCCCGGGGGCGAGAGGAGCAACCGCACGGCCUGCCCCAAGCAGCGGACGGUGCACAAGUGUGAGCUCCUGCACGUUGCGAUUGUGUGCGCUGGGCACAACGCGAGCCGGGAUGUGGUCACCCUGGUGAAAUCCAUCCUCUUCCACAGGAAAAAUCCCCUCCACUUUCACUUCAUCACGGACUCAGUGGCCCACCAGAUCCUCCAGACGCUCUUCCAGUCCUGGAUGGUGCCCUCCGUCCACGUCAGCUUCUACAACGCCGAUGACUUGAAGCCGGAGGUGUCGUGGAUCCCCAACAAGCACUACUCCGGCAUCUACGGGCUGAUGAAGCUGACGCUUACCAAGGCGCUGCCCUCCAGCCUUUCCAAGGUCAUCGUCUUGGACACCGACAUCACCUUCGCCACCGACAUCGCUGAGCUCUGGGCUGUCUUUGGGAAGUUUUCUGACAAGCAGGUGAUUGGGCUGGUGGAGAACCAAAGCGACUGGUAUUUGGGCAACCUGUGGAAAAACCACAAACCGUGGCCGGCCCUGGGACGCGGCUUCAACACGGGGGUGAUCCUGCUCCUGCUUGACCGCCUGCGUCGCCUGGGCUGGGAGCAGAUGUGGCGGCUGACAGCGGAGCGGGAGCUCAUGAGCAUGCUCUCCACUUCGCUGGCCGAUCAGGACAUCUUUAACGCGGUGAUCAAGCAGGACCCAGCCCUGGUGUACCGACUCCCCUGCUUCUGGAACGUGCAGCUCUCUGAUCACACUCGCUCGGAGCAGUGCUACACCGAGGUCUCGGAUCUCAAGGUGAUCCACUGGAACUCGCCCAAGAAGCUGCGGGUGAAGAACAAGCACGUGGAGUUCUUUCGCAACCUCUACCUGACCUUCCUGGAGUACGAUGGGAACCUGCUGCGCAGGGAGCUCUUUGGCUGUGCCAGUCUCCCCAGCCCACCCAGUGACCAGCUGCAGCAGGCACUGGAGGAGUUGGAUGAGGAUGAUCCCUGCUACGAUUUCCGCCGGCAGCACCUCACGCAGCACCGCGUCCACCUGUUCUUCCUGCAGUACGAGUUCCUGGCCCUUCCGAACCCCACCGAUGUCACCCUCGUGGCCCAGCUCUCCAUGGACAGGUUACAGAUGUUGGAGGCCAUCUGCAAACACUGGGCAGGCCCCAUCAGCCUGGCGCUGUACAUGUCGGACGCGGAGGCUCAGCAGUUCCUGCGCUACGCCCAGGCCUCGGAGGUGCUGAGCGCCCGCCGCAACGUCGCCUACCACAUAGUCUACAAGGAGGGGCAGUUCUACCCCAUCAACCUCCUGCGCAACGUGGCCUUGGCCAACACGCAGACGCCAUACGUCUUUCUGACGGACAUUGACUUCCUGCCUAUGUAUGGCCUCUACGAUUACCUCAGGAACUCCAUCCAGCAGCUGGAGCUGCCCCAGAGGAAGGCAGCUCUCAUCGUGCCGGCGUUCGAGACCCUGCACUACCGCUUGACCUUCCCCAAAUCCAAAGCAGAGCUGCUCUCCAUGCUGGACAUGGGCUCCCUCUACACCUUCAGGUACCACGUGUGGCCGAAAGGCCAUGCCCCAACUGACUAUGCCAAGUGGCGGACGGCCACCGUGCCGUACCGCGUGGCGUGGCAGCCAGACUUCGAGCCUUACGUUGUAGUGAGGCGAGACUGCCCCAAGUACGACCAGAGGUUCGUGGGCUUCGGCUGGAACAAGGUGUCCCACAUCAUGGAGCUGGACGCGCAGGAGUACGAGCUGCUGGUCCUGCCCAACGCCUUCAUGAUCCACAUGCCCCACGCCCCCAGCUUCGACAUCUCCAAGUUCCGCCUGAGCGCAGGGUACCGGGGCUGCCUCCAGACGCUGCGGGAGGAGUUCCACCAGGACCUGUCGCGGCGGUACGGGGCCGCUGCGCUCAAGUACCUCACCGCCGAGAGGAGCCUGUGACGCCCGGGGACAGUGGGCGCGGGGCGCUAGCCCACCGCUGCAGCCUGACCUGAGGGAACCGAGCCGGCAGCACGACCUCUCCAGCCCGGCAAAGGGAUGCCUGUAGAGAAGAUGGAAGAUGCCAGCUGCGAGAACAGGCGGUGCCUGCGGGUCGAGCUGCUGUGGCGCGGCCAAGGGGUUUUUUUGGAGCAGCGGCGUUCCUGUGUUACAGGGAAACCUUCCCAUGGUGGGGGCCAGGGGUCGGGUCUCCUCCCUCCCCUGUUUUAGGUUUUAGCAGAUGUGGAUUCUCGGCCUUCGUUAGCUCGCCUCACCUUGAGGCUUGGCUCCUUGAGAGGUCUGGGAGCUGUACCUUACCCUGCUCUGCCUCUGCCCUGUGGUCCCAGGUCCCAGUCCUCUGCACACCCCUCGGGGGCUUUGGUGAGCGGAUGUAGACGAGGAUGUAGAGCAUCCUUUCGCAUCCUUUGUGGAGCAGGCUCAGAGAACACCCUGGGAGAUGGGGCCAGGGAGCACCAGGAAUUGCGGAGACCUGCUUCAAGCCUGGAUAGAGGCUGGCUGGUUAACAGGGCGAACUGGUGGUACUCCCCAUCCGUACGGAUGCAAAGUCUCCAGUGGGGUUGGCUCAGGACUGGUGGUGUGGGAGUCACCCAGAGCAGGACAAGCUGUCUGCUGUCCCAAAGCAGCGAGCUCCCAGAACAGGCUAGAAGCAACCAUGCCCGUGACAGGCCCCGUCCUGGGGCUGGCAGUGCCCCGCAGGGCAGGGCUGCGGACCAUCGCCAUGGGCAAAACAGCAGCUGCUGUGGGCCAGCGCACGCUUGGAGAAAUUCGUGGCAGGGGACCACCCUGCUCCUCCCCAGCUCUUGGCAGCUCAGACGUUGCCAUCGACAAUCAGGGAUGUGGUUGACACUGGACAAGACCGUAGCUGAGCACUGUGGCGGGAUCCCCGUGCCGGGAGCAGCUUGGCCGGGCGCUGUUCCACCGCUAGCACACACUGGAGCACAGAGGAUGCAUUGCUUUCCUCACGCUAUUUAAAUUAUUUAAUACUUUUCUCCUAAGAAU